AGGGGAGGGGAGGGGGUCAGAAGAAAAAAACAGCCGAAACACCGAUGCUGCCUUCUCCAGUUGUUGGAUCUGUUGACUGUCCGGAGCUGCUAAUGGAUCUCCAUCAGGCCUUAAUCAAAGUUUGAAGUUGAAAAGAUUAGAAUGACCAAAGCUGGGGUUGUAAAUGCGUCAUCAUCAGAGAGCUCAGUAUGAAGAAGUCGACCCGACCGGUGACGAGUAAAAUCGGGGCAGAACGAGGGAAAUCUGACGCUGGUGGUGCCGGAAAGUCCUCAGCCAAAAGUGCAGCUCCUCUGAAUAAGGUGAAAAGCAAUGAUGAUCUUUUAGCCACCAUGGCUGGAGGGAAUCCUGUCAGCAAGACCAAGAAGACCGCCUCUAUUGCAAGUAGCCCAAAUAACCAAGAAAUCAAGCCAAAGACGACAUCAGGGUCUCUUUCUAAACGUACAACAUCAGUAUCUUCCAAAGAACCUAAUUCUUCACGGGAUCGUCUCCGGACAUCCCGUAGUUCAGCUGCUAAAAAGCAGUCAGUAUCAGUGGCUACAUCUGCAGAUGUUGCUACGGGAAAGCGCUCCCGGAGCCAGACGGUGGUGGAACCAGAGGGCCGCAUGAGCAAGUCUAAGUCUGAUGGUCAGAUCAGUGAUAAGGUUGCUUUAGAAGCCAAAGUGAAAGAUUUGUUGGGUCUGGCAAAGAGCAAAGAUGUGGAGAUCCUCCACCUCCGCACUGAACUGAGGGACAUGAGGGCCCAGCUUGGCCUCGGGGGAAAGGAGGCUUUAGAGCAGGAGGCCGGAGACGAAGAGAAGCCCCUAUUUUCAGCAAUUACGGCCGCUGAUGUUGAGUCCACUUUGAUUCUCUUACAAGAGCAAAAUCAAGCCAUCAGAGAGGAGCUUAACCUGUUAAAGAGCGAGAACCGCAUGUUGAAAGACCGCCUAAAUGCGCUGGGCUUCUCUCUGGAGCAAAGGCUGGAUAGCUCAGAUAAGCAGUUCAGCUACCCCUCCUUGAGUCCGGACCUGUCAGCCAGCGGGGCACACAGUGACGGAGGCUGUACAGGUACCCUGACGUCAUCAGUGGAAGGCUCUGCCCCUGGGUCUCUGGAGGACCUGCUCACGGGGCAUCAGCAUGGAGGUUCAGCAGACAACCUGGACAGUGAAUCCAGUGAGGUCUACCAAGCUGUCACCUCCAGUGACGAUGCGCUGGACGCACCCUCUGGGGCUUCCUCAUCAUCCGAGUCAGACUGUGCUCCAAGCACAGAGCGCUCACGAAGGGACAGCAGCGGCAAUGCCAGCGAGGUGUCAGUGGCCUGUUUGACGGAGCGCAUCCACCAAAUGGAGGAGAACCAGCACAGCACUGCUGAGGAGCUCCAGGCCACGCUGCAGGAGCUGGCUGAUCUGCAGCAAAUUACCCAGGAACUGAAUGGAGAGAAUGAACGGCUCGGAGAGGAGAAGGUCAUCCUCAUGGAGUCCUUGUGCCAACAGAGUGACAAGUUAGAGCUGUAUGGGAGACAGAUUGAGUACCUACGCUCUCUAUUGGAUGAACAUCAUAUCUCCUACGUGCUGGAGGAGGACAUCAAGAGUGGGCGCUACAUGGAGCUGGAGCAGCGUUACGGAGAUCUGGCAGACAAUGCCCGCUUUGAGAGAGAGCAGCUGCUGGGCGUGCAGCAACAUCUGUCCAACACGCUGAAGAUGGCUGAGCAGGAUAAUGCUGAGGCCCAGGAGAUUAUUGCAGCACUGAAGGAGAGAAACCACCAAAUGGAACGCAUCAUUGAAUCAGAAAGACAGGAUCGUGCCGCCUUAGAAGCCACGUUGGACGAGUACAAGGUGGCGGUGAGCAAUGACCAGGCAGAACUGAACCGCUGCAGAGCCCAGCUGGACCAGGAGAGGCAGAGGGUUGCCGAGCUGUACUUGCUGCACACUGCUGGGGACAAGAACGACAUCUGCCAACUGUUGGAGGGGGUGCAGCUGGGGAAGGAUGAGGCGGAAGCUAAGGCAGCAAAGAUGCAGGGAGAGCUAGAACAAGUGCAUGCUGAGCUCAGCCGGCUACAGGAGACUUUCACCAAGCUGGACAGUGAAUACAGAGAUUUCCAGGAGCAGGCGCGGCAGCAGAUUACAGAGCAGGAACGAGCUCUGGAGAAGCGGCGUGCGGAGCUACAGGAGAAAGAGACUGAGAUAGCAGACAUGAAGGAAACCAUCUUUGAACUGGAAGACGAAGUAGAACAGCACCGAGCUCUAAAACUUCACGACAACUUGAUCAUCUCCGAUCUGGAGAAUUCUGUGAAAAAACUGGAAGACCAGAAGCACGACAUGGAGAGAGAGAUAAAGACUCUUCAACGAAGACUCAGGGAGGAGUCAAUGGAGUGGCGUCAGUUUCAGGCCGAUCUGCAGACAGCUGUGGUCAUAGCUAAUGACAUCAAGUCAGAAGCACAGGAAGAGAUAGGAGACUUGCGGCGCCGGCUGCAGGACGCCCAGGAGAAGAACGAGAAGCUUAGCAAAGAGCUGGACGAGGUCAAGAGCCGCAAGCAGGAGGAGGAGAGAGGCAGAGUCUACAACUACAUGAAUGCAGUGGAGAGGGACCUGGCAGCGCUUAGACAGGGGAUGGGUCUCAGUCGGAGAUCCUCCACAUCCUCUGAGCCGUCGCCCACCGUUAAAACACUCAUCAAGAGCUUUGAUAGUGCCUCACAAGGUCCACCGUCUAAUGGAGCCACAGUUGCUCCCACGGUCUCAGCUACUCCCUUACCUCGGACCCCCCUAAGCCCCAGUCCCAUGAAGACGCCUCCAGCAGCUGCUGUUUCACCUAUGCAGAGGCACUCUAUAGCUGGGUCUAUCUCCGGGACCAAACCCCUUUCAUCCUUGAGUGAUAAGAGACCUAGCUACACAGACAUAACCAUGCCAGCUGACCACCUCCUCAGAGGGGCCCCAACCAGCCGCACACCUCCUGUCCUUCAGAGGGUCUCCAAAAUGGACUCCACCAAGGCUGUUUCAGUGUCGCGCAGGAGCAGCGAGGAAAUCAAGAGGGACAUAACGGCUUCAGAUGGGGCCUCCUCCACUUCCCUUAUGGCCAUGAGUGCUGCUUCCUCCCCACUCUCCCUGUCCUCUUCCUCCCCCACAGCUUCUAUCACACCCACAGCCCGCAGCCGCCUCAGGGAGGAGAGAAAGGAUCCAUUGUCAGCGCUGGCCAGGGAAUAUGGGGGAUCCAAGAGAAAUGCUUUGCUGAAGUGGUGCCAAAAAAAGACUGAAGGUUAUCAGAAUAUCGAUAUCACCAACUUCAGCAGCAGCUGGAAUGAUGGCUUAGCCUUCUGCGCUUUGCUGCACACCUAUCUGCCUGCACACAUCCCUUACCACGAGCUCACAAGCCAGGACAAGAGGAGAAACUUCACCUUAGCUUUCCAAGCUGCAGAGAGUGUCGGCAUUAAAUGCACAUUGGACAUUAAUGAGAUGGUUCACACAGAGCGACCCGAUUGGCAAAGUGUCAUGACGUACGUCACAGCCAUCUACAAAUACUUUGAGACUUGACCUCCGACUUAACCAACUCAACCAGCAUGCACCUGCAGCAGUCAGAGGUUCAUUGACCUUCCUGAGCUCCCAACAACCAUACCUCCUCCUCACUUUACACAUCUGUGCUCACUUUUUUAUGCCGUUAACAGCAGGCUCAGUCAUAAGUUAACUGCAAUACUAGUAAGCCAUUAAAGGAAGUGAUAGAGGCCAACGCAGCUUAUUAUGAGCUGAUCUUCAAGAAAAUCCUCUAGAUAAGUUUAUCUCUACAGGACUGUAUAAAAAGAAAGCAAGUCUCUGUGCCUUCUUUUUGGUUCUACGUUUUGCUAGUUUCCAGGUUGUUGACAGGGAAGUUGCUUCAACCCAAAUUAAAUCAAUCAUAUAUUGUGAAAAUGUCUUGUUUACCACAGAAUAUUUAUGUUUAGUCCAUUGUUUAAAAACACAUCAGAAAGAUUUGACUCCCAAAAGGAGUUUUGCAAGUCUUCCGAACAUUAUGGUGGGAUCCAGAUGCCUCUUUUUUAAUAAAGUGUCUGUGUAGGUUUAAUGCAAAGCGGAAGAAGAUCUGCUCUGCAACAGUGUUUGAAGCUAAUAAUCCAGCAAGUUGUCGAAUGGGCAUCAACGACUUAUUUUCUGCCUGUUAAAACUAUCAUAAAGCAACACUUCUUAAGCACAAAGCAUGUUAGGUUCUCUCACUCUAUCUCACAGUUUAAGCCACACUAAUAUUCCUUUAAUGUUUAUAAAGACACAAAUGCUUAACAGUUGUUUAAUAUUUUUACAUUGCAGUUCCACUAUAUUUAUCUUGCACAUGGAGCACAUGCCAUUUCUCUAGAACCUAAAUCUAAACAGAAGGAAUCAGCAGAUUGUGUUUUAUUGUGUGAAAAAUCAUGGUUCUAGUCUUGAGAAUUCAGCAGAGGGCCUUUAGUUACUCAUUUUACAUUUGGAUGCAUAUGUUUUGUACUUUCCUAAUAAUUGAAGGAAUUUUCCACACAGCUAUUAUGUGAAGCUGGUACGACUACAGCCCAACUUUGCAUAAAUGCUGGAAGCAGAAAAA